AUGGAGGUGGAAGGCAGCGAAAUGCAGGGUAAGGUCAUCGUGCUGCUGCGCACAAGCAGCACUGCGCGGGCGCCUGUCUACCGGCACCUGCGCGAGGCGGGCGUCGUACUCGUGCUCGUCCACCCCGUGCGACCAGCCACCGCUUUCGACGGCGUAUUCCACCACCACCUGCUGCAUGACACCAACGAUGUGGCCGCGCUGCAGCCGGCGCUCAAGCAGUUCCUGGCUGAGCGAGCACUGAUACCUGACGCCGUCAUCUCCUUUGACGAGUACGCGGUGUACCCCGCGGCGGUUGUGGCGCAGAGCAUGGGGUGCCGGGCGAUUCCGCUGUCACCAGAGAAGUUGCGCGUCACGAAUGUUAAGUCGCUCUUCCGUGAGCGUUGUGCAAAGGAAGGCAUAGCAUCGCCUGUCGCUACCGUACUGACGCGCCCACCUGCAGGACUGCACGAUCUGCAGGAGCACAUUCAGCGUGUGCUGGGGACAGCGGGACUGACGUUCCCAGUUGUUCUGAAGCCGUGCCCUGGCGCCGGGAGUCUUUUCACGAGGCUCUGCAACAAUGUUGAGGAGGUGCGUGACCAGGCGCUCACCAUGUGGAACGUCUUCAAGACGCAUGCCGAUGUAAAACACUUUGAAGCUGUCCUCGGCCCAGCAGGGGUGAAGGAGAUGCAGAUAGUGGUGGAGGAGUACAUAGGAGGUCAAGAGAUUGACGUCGAUUGCUGUGUCGAGAACGGCAAGAUAGUUUUCUUCUCCAUCUCUGACAACUUUGAGGUUCGGCCACCCUUCUUUGUCGAGGAGGGUGGAUUGUGCCCAUCCUCCUUGCCGUCGUACGAGCAGCAGGAGGUGCGGCAGCUCUUUGAACAGGUCAUCGCUCUCUACGGCGAGGAACUGCACGGUGUGCUGCAUUUUGAGGCGAAGUACGACUUUCAACGUCGUCGGGCGUAUGUGAUUGAGGUAAACUGCCGUCUCGGCAGUGCCGAAACGAACACGAUGAUACGAACCUGCUAUCGUGGCCUGCAGCUCGGUGAAUCGCUGGUGCGGUGUGCGCUGGGGUUGCCGGUAACGCGGCAACUCCUUCGCCACUACCCGACAGAGCAAGCGCCGGUGGACGGCUGCUAUCCGCACACGUGCUGCUGCGCCUCAGUGAACAUAUAUCCCGUGGCAGAGGGUGUGCUGCUGCGGGCGGAGGUGCCGGUGAUGGACAAGAGCCUCGUCGACUACAGCGUGUCAGCGGAGCCGGGGGCGUUGGUGGCACCGCCGCCAAAAGCGUUCUACUUGCUAUCAUGGAUGGUCGCGCGCGGCGCAACAGCGUCGGAGGCAAAGGCAGCGAUCGAACGUCUAGCGGCAAACUUCGUGCAAGAAAUAUCUGUGGCGCAAUGA